CCAAAAAAAAGUUUUUUUUUUUCUUUUUCACUUCAUUAUUCCAUAAUCAUCAGUAUUACAGUUUCAGGAGCCAAUGGAUUUCCUUUCUGCUUCCUGAUUCUUUAAUCUGAUUUUGUUGUGUUUUGCCUCUUCACUGUGUUUUCUGAUGGUCAUGCUUGUUGUGAAUUUGGGUUCUUAUGAUGGGUGAAUCACAGAUGACAAAAUUCGGCUUAAAUGUCAGGAAGAAUGAGAAAAGUGGGUUCCCGAGGGGUCUGGAUCCUGCAAUAUCUAAAUUUUUUGUGCAGCUCCAAAGUGUUGUUAAGGCACGGCUUAGUAGAUUAGCUAAACAGGACGGAAUCAAUAUGGUGAGAUCUGCCCAAAAAAAUGACAAUAAGCCUUUCAGUUACUCUGAAGCUGAACUGAAUGAGCAACUACAAGCAUGGAGAGAAAACCCAUCUUGGGUUGAUAGGCCACCGUUAGUAAAGGUCACUGUUCCCAAAGGAUCUCUUUGCAACCUCAAUGCAGAAGUUGAUGUUGGGUUGCCCCCUGAUGCAGUAUAUAAUAUAGUGAUAGAUCCUGAUAAUAGGAGAGUUUUCAAAAAUAUCAAAGAGUUUCCGAACUUUGUGAAAUUCAACUUGGUGAUGUCUUUCUGUCAGGAAGUGAUAUCCAGAAAAGUUUUGGUUGAUGAGGGUCAUAGGCAAGUGGUUGAUCUUGACCAAGCAGCCAUUUGGAAAUUUCUUUGGUGGUCCGGGACUAUUUCGAUUAAUGUCUUGGUAGAUCAAAACAGGAAAGACCACUCUAUGAAAUUCAAGCAAGCUAACACUGGAUUUAUGAAAAAGUUUGAGGGCUGCUGGAGGGUAGAGCCUUUAUUUGUUGAUGAAGCAAUGUGCCAUCCCUUUAAGCCUAUGACAAAGGAAGACUAUAAUGCAUGUACAAGAGGCAAAGGAAGAAUUGGAUCUAAAGUUAGUCUGGAACAAAUACUCCAGCCCGCAAUUGUCCCUCCCCCUCCCAUAUCAUGGUAUUUGAGAGGAAUUACUGCCCGGACUACUGAGAUGCUUAUAAAUGACAUGCUUGCAGAAACUGCUAGAAUCAGAGGAGGGUGUGAGGCUGAAAAGUCUAAGACACAGGACCUGCAAGGAAAACCUGCUCAAAAUGUGGACCUGAUUGCUAAUUCAAAUGACAUUAAAGAAAGAUGGAUUUUGCGUAGAAAAAAUGCAAAGCGGACUCAUAGAAAACAGCUGACUGCUAUGUGAUUUUCCUAUGUUUGUUUAACUUUCUAAGCACUAUAUAUAGAUUGUUACAUGUAGUUCAGUUUAAAGAAUUUAUCAGUGUUACAGUCACUAAUUUCAGCUCAUUGCAUGACAUUUCAGUCAGAUGAGUUUCCAUAGCAAAUCAUCAACUUUGUUUUCUUUUCAUUGUUUCCUUUUUUAUUUUAUUUUUUGAAGCAAGGCUUCCUGAUCUUAGACUGCUCAAUUCAUUUGAAUAUAAAGUUCUCAAGGAACGACUUAAUAGUUGAGA